AUGUCAACUCCUAUUUCUAGUCUAAACAGUUUAUUUUCAUUCACAUCACCUGCUGUGAAGAGACUUCUUGGCUGGAAACAGGGAGACGAAGAAGAAAAAUGGGCUGAGAAGGCUGUCGACUCACUUGUUAAAAAACUCAAAAAGAAAAAAGGUGCUCUAGAAGCUUUGGAACGUGCUCUAAGUAAUCCUGGAGAACCUUCAGAAUGCGUAACUAUUCCACGCUCUCUUGAUGGCCGGCUGCAAGUUUCUCAUAGGAAAGGAUUACCUCAUGUAAUAUACUGUCGUGUGUGGAGGUGGCCAGACCUACAAAGUCAUCAUGAACUGAAGCCACUUGAAUUUUGUCGAUUCCCCUUCUCAGCUAAAGAAAAUGAGGUUUGCAUCAAUCCAUAUCACUAUCAACGCGUUGAGAGCCCUGUUUUACCUCCAGUUCUUGUCCCUCGUCACAGUGAAUAUCCUAGUCUAAGCGCUGUAACCCCAUCGCCAGGUUUAUCACAUUGCGGUAGCAGUGGGAUAUCUAGUUCCCGGUCAGCUUCAAAUCUGGGAAUGUUUUCAAUGACAGAUACAACAAUGCCCUACAAUGUAAAUUAUCCACACAACUUCAGUCACUCCCCAUCUCUUCCUCCUGGAAACACAGGGACUUCUGACAGUACUGUUACUGGUCCUAUGCAUUCCCCUGAUAGCUCAAAUCUUCAAUCUGGUUAUCAAACUCAUCCCAAUCAAGAUCAAGCAUCUUCUGGUCAAACUAUGCAUCCAGUAAAUUAUCAAGAACCAAAAUACUGGUGUUCUAUUGUGUAUUAUGAAUUAAAUAAUCGUGUUGGUGAAGCAUUCAAUGCUUCACAGUUAAGCAUUAUCAUUGACGGUUUUACAGAUCCUUCGAAUAACUCAGAUCGUUUUUGUCUUGGCCUUUUGUCAAAUGUUAAUCGUAAUUCAACUAUUGAAAAUACACGACGUCAUAUUGGAAAAGGUGUUCAUCUAUACUAUGUCGGUGGUGAAGUAUACGCUGAGUGUUUAUCAGACAGUAGUAUAUUUGUUCAAUCACGUAAUUGUAAUUAUCAUCAUAAUUUUCAUCCAACAACUGUGUGUAAAAUCCCACCUGGGUGUUCAUUGAAAAUAUUCUCUAAUCAAGAAUUUGCUCAUCUCCUCAGUCGUACUGUACAUCAUGGAUUUGAAGCUGUUUAUGAGUUGACUAAAAUGUGUACAAUACGUAUGAGUUUUGUUAAAGGUUGGGGGGCUGAAUAUCAUCGACAAGAUGUUACCUCAACACCAUGUUGGGUUGAAAUUCACCUGAAUGGUCCAUUGCAAUGGUUAGAUCGUGUAUUAACACAGAUGGGUACACCAAGGAAUCCUAUUUCAUCUGUUUCAUAA